AUGUCAAUUACAUUGAAGUCACACUUAAAAGUUCUUAAACAACAAUAUGAAAAUUAUAAAGCUGAUUAUGAAAUUCUUGAACAACACUUUUCAGGAAAAGAAUUUAAUGGGUGUUUCCCUAAAAUCCUUUUAGAUCAAUUAAAAAAUCAACAUAAAGGACAAGAUGAAAUUGAACUUUUAGUUGAAACAUUAAAACCAUUAGUUUGUAUUGGAUCAUGUUAUGCACUUUGUAAACCAUCACAAUUUCCAGUAGGUGGAUGUUGUUAUUGUAAAGAAAGUGGAAAUGCAUAUAUUGGAUUUAAUAUGGAAUCAGCAGGACAUUGGAUUGGAUAUUCAGUUCAUGGAGAACAAUGUACAACAAAUAAUGCAUUGAUUCAUGGAGAAAAGAAAAUUGAUUUAUUAGUAAUUAGUUAUACACCAUGUGGACAUUGUAGACAAUAUUUAAAUCAAUUUUCUAAUAGAGAUGAAUUCCUUUGUCAUAUUGUUACAUUAAAUAGAACAUUCCAUUUAAGAGAAUUACUUCCAUUUGAUUUUAGACCAAGUGAUCUUCCAAGUAUUAUAUUCCCUGAUACAUCUAAAUUUAUAAUUAAAUCAAAAAAAGGAGAUGAAAUUGAUAUAAAAUUUAUUAACCAAGUAAUUGAUUGUGCAAAACAUAGUCAUGUUGAUAAUUUAAUGUGUUAUUUAGGUGUUGGACUUAUUAUAGGAAAAGAAAUUUAUCUUGGAAAUUAUAUUGAGAGUUGUGCUCAUAAUCCAUCAUUCCAUCCAAUGAAUGGUGCAAUUAGUCAAUUAAUAUUAAAUGGAAAAGAUGUUAGUGAAGUUGAUAGUAUAAUUUUAGUUCAAUAUGAAAAAGCACCAUUUAAAAUGGAGGAGAGUGCUAUUGGAAUUAUUAAAGGAUAUGGAUAUACCAAUAGUAAAUUAACAAUAAUUACAAUUGGUUAA